GGCAGUGUUGCUGGAAAACAUUAAAUACACAACAGGGGAGAAAGAAAAAUCCUGAAGAUUACUGUCGUCAGAAACACAUCGCUAUAUAUAUGUGUGUAUGCGUUGCGUUGCUUAAUCAAUACACACAACUAAAACAAAAACAUUGUUACUAAGGCAAGAUGGGUAGUGGACCUUCAGUGCAGGAACACCUGCAGAAGUGGGAGACUGCGCUGAGCGAGCUCGAUCAGCUCUCCUCCGCCAAUCGCCGCCUCAUUGAUCAGGACCGCAUUUACGGCAGCGGUGCGAUGCCCAGCAAUGACGUCGCGAGAAGCGGUGAUGACGAAGGUGCGUCAGACAGAGGCGGCGGCGGCGGUGGCGGUGCACGGCGGCCGUCCUCACUCGUUUCCUUUAAUCCCACCACGACCGCGGCUCCCCCCGAGGCUGGGAUGGGGGUGAGCAUCGGCAGCAUCCACCGACAGCAGCGUUGCGGGGCCAACGGGACACCAAGCGCAGAGUACCGCACUGGUUUUGGCUUUGUCGGGCACAACAGCGCUCCCGGCAUCAAUGCGGCAACGAACCUCAACCCAGUAAACGGCGUAACGGCGCCUGCGGGGACGACGGCGAACGACACGACGAACCGCAGCGCCGGCUCUACCUCGGUCGGGCAGCAGCAGCCCAGACACUCCCGCCAGCAGAUGCUGGAGAUCCGAAAAGGACGCAUGAACUUCUUCCGCAGCUACGAGGUCGAGAAUCCCGAUUCUCUCGCGGAUAUCAUGCAAUGCGACCACUUUGGCGCGGCGGCCGCCGGGCUGUCUUAUUUGCUUGGAGGCGAUAAAGACUGCAAAGACCGCCGGCGCCGCGUGACGCUAGAGGACAUCUUCUUUGCCACGCAGCUGCCUCUACACAUGCUGCACUCCGGCCCGCCUCACCUGCCCAUCAUGGCCGAUAUCAUUCGCGAAUUCCUCGACGUGGACAACCGCUUUAAGGGCGACUACAGCCUGGAGGAGGUGCACCUGGAUGUUUCGCCGACGAUGGGUCAGGUGGAGCUAGGUCCGAACGAGGUGGGGGACCGCCAGACGCGCAUGCAGCUUCCGGAGUUCCAGCGCCUCGUCACGCAGGACUGCGAAGAAGAGACGCAGGCGAUUCGGAUUGUGAACUUCGACCCCUACGUCCUCGAGCAGGCGAUGCUGGUCGACGCGUACGAGGACGAGGAUGAGCUGAACUCGCCGUUGGCAACCUCCGUCUUGGGGCCGAGUCCUCGUCACCUGGAGCGGCACUACGCCCCACGCAACGACGGCGCGUAUGCGGUCAUCGUGGACGUGCGCAACGCGGUGCAGCUGAUGGUGACCAUCGCCGAGGGCGUCGCCAACGACGCGCUGCACGUGAAACUGAAAGAGGUGCCGGCGGCGUCGCUCUUCAAGGCGAUGAUGGUCGCCGAGGAGAGCCACCGCGCCCGCGGCUUCAUCCGCAUCUUCAAGAAGGAACUUCAUCCUGAGUUUACCACGGAUGAGAUAAAGAUAUUUUGGACGCCAGAGCUGGCCAGUGGUAAGGUGUUGGGUACCACACAGAUGGGCACGCAGUCGAUGGCCGUCUCGCACCACAUCAGCCCCCACACCGUGGCCGUCGCGUGGGCGAUGCACCUGCUCAGCGGUGUCCGCCCCGGCACGCACGGCUACGGCAACGGUCUGCCCGUGUCGGAUAUCAUUCGAACCAUGAAGCUGCCCGCCGAGGUCUUUCUGGACGGCGUGCUGCCUCUCGAGCGGGUGUACGAGUACGCCGCCGACUACCUGAAACUCUCGAAGCGGGAUAUGGAGGUGCACCUCUAUCCCGUGCUGACCAAGAUCUCUCGAGAGGACGCGGUGCCGACCAUCUCCGUUUUCGACCUUGAAUCGAUCUUGAUCGAUGUGAAGGACGCGAACAGAGACCCCGAGGCGCCGGAGCACGUCAUGGUGAUUAUGUACAACGCCUGCGUCGCGCACAACGUGCUCUACAUCGUCGAGGAGCCGCAGUGGUGCAUCCUAGCCGGCUACGAUCAGGAGACGCAGACGGCGGUGCUCAUCGACGCGCACCCCAAGACCUUUUCACGUACGUGGUCCUGUCCGUUGGAUCGCCUGCACAAGUCCAUGACGGGCAGCGGCUACCUCGUCUUCUCGAAGUGCGGCGGGGCAGGUGGGGUACCGCGGCGCGUCGGCGCUCCGAAGAUGCUCGCGCCGAUGGUGGAAAGCCGUCUCGAGUUGGUGGACCGUCAGCACGAACUGGACAGUGCAUGGAGAAAGGAAACGCAGACGCUGCUGACCCACCCCUUCACCUUCCCGUCGCUACCGAUAAUGCCGACGAUGGUGGCCAUGACCUGCACCCGCCUCGGUAUCAUGACCACCUUCGACGACGUGAUACAGCGCCUGCCUUUCGCGAUCUCCGCGCUGGUCAUUCGCUCCCACACCCUCGAGUCCUUGCACGUGUGUCUCACGCAGUACCUGCAGGUGGCAAACUUGAAUGAGAACAUCGAGGUGACCGCCUACCACGGUGAUAGCAACGCGGACGGUGUACUCAAGCUGCAACUGCCGCAACUGGAGCAACUCAUCCAAACCUCGCUGGACGGCAGCCACGUGCUGCUCCUGCACUUUGACCCAAGCCGCCUGCUCGUGAACGGUGCUCUCCACCCGUUUGGCAGUCUGGGCAUGGUGGUGGGCUACGACGAGGAGCUCGGGAGCGUGCGGGUGCUCGACACCAACCCCAACAGCUUUCUGCGCGAGUGGUCUGCCCCUCUACUGGAAGUGUACGAGUCCGUGCUUGACAACGAGGUCACCCGCAAGCACCGCACGCGAGGUGUGCUGCUCGUUUCCCGUGUCGCCGAAGGCUCGAAGGAGCACAUCUUUGCCGCGAACGAGGAGCGCAACUUCCGGCUGGAGCUGCUUCCUGUGCAGAACGUCUUCCUUGUGAGCCCGAGCCCACACUUUCAGUGCUUGUCCUUCGCCUUCUCGCAGAUGGGGUACUUCUUCAGUCCGGAAGAGAUCUUCUACGAGGCCUACCUCAAGACGAUGGACGACCAACGCCGCCGUGGCAGCCAGGCCUUUGCCUGGCGCGAUGUGGAGGUGUCGCUGUCCGUCAUCAACAAGAAGAUCGACGCCUCUUUUAUGGCGGAGGUGUGCAGGAAAUUUCUCGAGUCCCGCAACCCGCACCAAAGCGGUGCUGCCGCGUGCGUCUCCGUGCAGGUGCUCGAAGACAUCGACGUGGACGAAGAGCUGGACGAGCUGCUCGAGAAAUCAACGCAGUCCACGGAGACCGUGCUGCUGGUGAAUUACGACGUCCUGCGCACCCAUCAGCUACCGAACCUCGGCCGCAGUGUGGCGCUGGUGAAGGCCUACAGCAAAGAGAAGCAGCUUGUCGAACUCUGGGAUGCGGAGUACGCCGUGUUUGGUCUUUGUUUUGUGGUUACGAAGCAGAAGCUAAUUGAGAUGGGCGACCUAGAGAACGUGGGUACGAGUCCGUACGGUCUCGUACAGUUCAUGCGCACCUCGGGCUCUGCCGCACCGAAGAAGAAGCUGGGCCUUAUGUCGGAGCCGUUGACCUUGGAGGAUGAAGCGGAGUAG